AUGGGCGACCACGUAUGUUUCUUCUACGGAACCCUAAUGGCCCCCCAAAUCCUAUACCGCGUCAUCCACGGCCGUCCCGACCCAGAACCCUGGCAAAAAGGGCUCCUGAAAUUCCAACCCGCAAUCUUACACGGGUUCAAGCGUCAUCGCGUUCGGAAUCAUAGUUAUCCCGCGAUCGUGGCUGUGAACUCUGAACCUGUAAUCCAAGAUGGCGAUGCCAAUGCCAAUGCCGACGCUGGCGCUUCUGUGCUAGGCACCCUAGUCUCCGGCCUCACAGACGGAGAUAUCUAUCGCCUAGAUCUUUUCGAGGGCGAUCCGUAUAUCAAGAAGGAAGUUACUGUUCGGGCGUUACGGAGUGAUGGGGAUGAGGAUGGUCAGGGGAGUUUGCAGGAUGUAUUGAAGGGUGUGGUUGGGACUGCGGAGAGUGGUGGUGGUGCUCAAUCUGACCUUGAAGCGGGGAAGGAAGUUGCUGCUGUUACUUAUGUCUGGAUUGCUGGUGUGGAUAAACUUGAUGAGGUGGAGUGGGAUCUUGAGACGUUUAAGAAGGAGAAGAUGGCGAAGUGGAUUGCGGAUGAGAGUAUGUGGUAG